AUGCCAUACAACUGCUGCCUGCCCACCAUGAGCUGCCGCACCAGCUGCUCCUCCCGGCCCUGCGUGCCCCCCAGCUGCCACGGCUGUACCCUGCCAGGGGCCUGCAACAUUCCCGCCAACGUGGGCAACUGUAAUUGGUUCUGCGAGGGCUCCUUCAACGGCAAUGAGAAGGAGACCAUGCAGCAACUGAAUGACCGCCUGGCCUCCUAUAUAGAGAAGGUGAGGCAGCUGGAGAGAGAGAAUGCAGAGCUGGAAAGCCAGAUCCAGCAGAGGAACCAGCAGCAGGACCCCCUGGUGUGUCCUGCCUACCAGUCCUACUUCAGGACCAUCGAGGAGCUGCAGCAGAAGAUCCUGUGCAACAAAUCUGAGAACAGCAGGUUGGUGGUGCAGAUUGACAAUGCCAAGCUGGCUGCAGAUGACUUCAGGACCAAGUACGAGACAGAGCUGUCCCUGCGGCAGCUGGUGGAGUCAGACAUUAAUGGCCUACGCCGGAUCCUGGAUGAGCUGACCCUCUGCAAGUCUGACCUGGAGGCUCAGGUGGAGUCCCUCAAGGAGGAGCUGCUGUGUCUCAAGAGGAACCAUGAGGAGGAAGUCAACACUCUGCGCUGCCAGCUUGGAGACCGCCUCAACAUAGAGGUGGACGCUGCUCCCACUGUGGACCUGAACCGUGUGCUCAACGAGACCAGGUGUCAGUACGAGGCCCUGGUGGAAACCAACCGCCGGGAAGUGGAGGAAUGGUUCACCACACAGACUGAGGAGCUGAACAAGCAGGUGGUGUCCAGCUCUGAGCAGCUGCAGUCCUGCCAGGCAGAGAUCAUCGAGCUGAGACGCACGGUCAACGCCCUGGAGAUCGAGCUGCAGGCCCAGCACAACAUGAGAAACAGCCUGGAGAACACUCUGACUGAGAGUGAGGCUCGCUACAGCUCCCAGCUGGCCCAGGUGCAAUACAUGAUCACCAACGUGGAGUCCCAGCUUGGGGAGAUCCGUGCUGACCUGGAGCGUCAGAACCAAGAGUACCAGGUGCUGCUGGACAUCCGGGCCCGUCUGGAGUGUGAGAUCAACACGUACAGGAGCCUGCUGGAGGGCGAGGACUGCAAGCUACCCUGCAACCCCUGCGCCACAAGCAAUGCGUGCGGCAAGCCCAUUGGGCCCUGCGUCUCCAACCCCUGCACCCCCUGCCCGCCCCCUGCCCCUUGCACACCUUGUGUCCCCCGUCCCCGCUGUGGGCCAUGCAAUUCCUUUGUACGCUAGAACCUGGGAGGGGGGUGGCAAAGGAGCAAGGACACAGGGCUUAGCGCUCCAGAGCUCUGACCUGCUUUUAGUUCAUUCCACAAAAUAGGAAUAAAACCACAAACUGAAUGGCCAGAGGACGACAGACCCAGAAACUGUACCUUCAUCUACUGCACCCUUCGCCCGACCAUACCCUGCCUGCCUCUUCCUUCAGAAGCGCCUGACUCUUCCUUGGCUUUCCCAGAGGACUCUGAAGUACCAGUGUCCCUCCCUUGUAAUCUCCCAAUAAACAUUUUC